AGAAGCGCCUCGUGACGGGGCGGGGGGCGUGGCUUCAUUUCUCUGGGUAGCGCUCUCGGGCAGCUGAUAAUCUAAUGUAUGACCGCGGAGUGUGAAAAAGCGGAGUCCUAACGGGGAUUUUUUUUUUUUCCCCUUCCUGGAUUUGAAAGAACAUGGCAGACGUAGUGGAGGGAGAGGACGUGCGCUCGGCUGUGCCCCCCGCGCUGCGCUCCUCACGGCACGGCUCCGGCGGGAAUGUUACUGCGGGCCCGCGGCUCGUCCGCAUUAUCAAGUCGGACUCGGGCUACGGCUUCAACGUCCGCGGCCAAGUGAGUGAAGGAGGCCAGCUGCGGAGCAUCAACGGCGAGCUGUACGCGCCGCUCCAGCAUGUCAGCGCCGUGCUCCCGGGCGGUGCAGCGGACAGAGCCGGCAUCUCCAAGGGCGACCGCAUCCUCGAAGUGAAUGGCGUGAACGUGGAGGGAGCCACACACAAACAGGUGGUGGAUUUGAUCCGAGCUGGAGAAAGGGAGCUUGUCCUCGCUGUCCUCUCCGUCCCCCAGCCAGAGACGGACAGCCUGGACCCAGGAGACGACGGCUCAUCCCAGUCCUGCUACGACUACAGCGACAAGCAGGCCGUGCCCAUCUCUGUGCCCACCUAUAAACACGUGGAGCAGAAUGGCGAGAAGUUUGUGGUGUAUAAUGUGUACAUGGCUGGCAGACAGCUCUGCUCCAAGCGCUACAGGGAGUUUGCCAUUCUGCAUCAAAACCUUAAGAGGGAGUUUGCUACUUUUACGUUCCCCAAGCUGCCUGGGAAGUGGCCCUUCUCUUUGUCUGAGCAGCAGCUAGAUGCCCGAAGGAGGGGACUGGAAGAAUACCUAGAAAGAGUGUGUUCUGUGCGAGUGAUUGGUGAGAGUGAUAUAAUGCAGGAAUUCUUGUCUGAAUCAGAUGAGAACUAUAAUGGAGUCUCUGAUGUGGAGUUGAGGAUAGCUAUGCCAGAUAAAACCACAGUAACCGUUCGAGUUCGAAAGAACUGCACUACAGACCAGGUGUACCAGGCUGUGGUGAUGAAGGUUGGGAUGGACAGUAUUACCGCCAGUUAUUUUGCUCUCUUUGAAGUCAUUAACCACUCAUUUGUGCGGAAGUUGGCUCCAAACGAGUUCCCUCAUAAGCUCUAUGUGCAGAACUACACAUCAGCCGUUCCCGGUACCUGCCUCACUCUGCGCAAGUGGCUCUUCACCACCGAGGAGGAGAUCCUGCUGAACGACAACGAGCUCGCCAUCAACUACUGCUUUCACCAGGCACUGGAUGAUGUGAAGAGGGGGUUUAUUAAAGUAGAGGAGAAAUCAUACCAGCUACAGAAACUGGCUGAACAGAGGAAGGUUUCCAUGUACCUGAGUAUGGUGAGGUCAUGUGAAGGCUACAACGAGAUCAUCUUUCCUCAUUGUGCUUGUGACUCACGCCGCAAGGGCCACGUUAUCACAGCCAUUAGCAUCCGGCACUUCAAACUGCACGCCUGCACUGAAGAGGGCACUCUAGAGAAUCAGGUGAUAGCGUUUGAGUGGGGCGAGAUGCAGAGGUGGGACACUGACGAGGAGGGAAUGGCUUUCUGCUUUGAGUAUGCACGAGGCGAGAAGAAGCCACGCUGGGUCAAAAUCUUCACUCCAUAUUUUAACUACAUGCACGAGUGCUUCGAGCGGGUCUUCUGUGAGCUCAAAUGGCGAAAAGAGGUUGAAGAGGAAGCGACGGAUAAAGACAAUAAGAACUGUAGUAAAGAUGGUAUGUGUAGUAAGAAUAUCUUCCAGCUGUUGAGGCACAGAAGGGAUGGAGGCACCUGAGACAGGAGAUCGUCACCCCCUGAACCCCUCAACACACACACACACACACGUACACACGCACACACACAAAUCAGUGCAGACUCAAAACAGGAAUAUAUUGGGUCCCAGCCAACACAGUCUGUUCACUAACACACACACUCACACACUCACACACACUCAGUGGACAACCAGAACUAAAGAACCCAUCUUCAGACUCACAGUACAAUAGAAAUAAGCAAACUAAAAAUGAGAAUCAAGACUUUUUUUCACACUUCAUCCAUCCCAUCAAAUCGUCAUUGGGAUUCAACUCAGUUCAGUCGUUCGGUUGGAGGACAUUUCUGAGGUGACUAUUUGCUUGUGAAGAAGAAACUGACAAGGCUUUUCAUUAACCCUCCAGGUAACAGGCUUUAUUCUUUGUAAGGACACUACCAACAGGUUGGCCUGUAAACCAGUCACUCCUGGCUGCACUGGCUCUUAACAUUAAUCUCUGCACUGUGACUGGUCCUGGUGACUUGUGCAUGCAAAGGAGAGCUGUGCACAUUGGUCGGGUUUGCCGGCAUAUUGUGAAGAUUUUAACCCCAAGUUACGAAGCCAAUAGCAAAGGAAUGAGAGACAGAGAAGAGGAGUGCACUUAUAGCCAGGAAGCUUCAGUGGUAAAACUUCAUCCUGACACUAACAUACACAGAUACAUGUGUUCUGUAAUGUGAAGCAAGAUGAUCCCUCAAAAUGUAUCAGCACAACAUUUUUUUUGUUUUUGUUUGGUGGGGGGUG